UCCCCCUCAGCGCUGACUCGUCCCGGCGGGGGGGAGCGGUCCUGGGAGGCUGCGCCUUUCUCCCGGGACGAAGCGGCGCUUCGAGGGUGGCACCUGGACGCGCCCGGUGCGGGUGGGAAGACUGGAUAUUCCCCUGAAAAGACUACAAGUUUGAUCUCGAAUCCUGCCCAUCUAAGAUCUUGGGAAUUAGCAAGCAGUGAGGAUCAUUUGGUUAAGUAUUUCCUGCAGACUUCUCUCAUCAGUGCUUGGGAGUAGCACAGAUUAUACAAAGUAACAGCCAUGUGGCAGGGUUGUAGAAAGAUGGCUUCUGUGUUACCUUUCAGCUGACGCAGUGCGGAGUAAAUAAGUUUGUGUUUGGUUUUUUCAUCGACUUAUUUUCCUCUGAUUUCAACUUUUAGUUCUUGAGGUGGAGUAAAAAGGAAUGUGGUGUUAGCUGCUUCCCUUUCCCUCUAUGCAGAAUGUUGUUUUAAUGGGGACUUAGGGUAUAUGGGAAUAGCCUGAGUUGUUAACUUCUCAUAGCUAACAACUUCUGAGUUAAUUGUACUGCCUGGCUGAUGGAGCUGAUGCAUCAAGGUGUAGUGCUAAGCCUUAUCAGGCUAGAACUUCUCACAGUUUGGAAUGCUACUCCUUUUUUCCUGCCUGCCUUUUGGGAUCUUCACAGUUUGCAAGGGGCCAGCAGUUUGUUUAUUUAUUCAGUGAAGAGUGCUUAGACUCUCUGUCAGUAAGCAGAAUGGAAGUAUGUGGAAAAUAAAUGUAGUUUUGAAUGAAAAUUUACCAAGCUUCAGAAAUGAACAGUACAUUGACCGGUCUGCUUGGAUUUAUUCUUGUGCGUGCAGGUCUAGUUCGGAGGUAGCUGUUCCUGUUACAUACAACACCAGUUUCAGAUGUACACAAAGCCAGAUUUGCCUUUGUGGCCCCAGUGGGGGGUAAACCAUGAAGUUGUACUUCAGAUACUGUGUGUGUUCAGUUAUACCUUUACGUUCACUUAUUUUGAAAGGUAAGUCGCUCUGAGCUUUGCGCAGUGUGCCAGUGAUGUCCAGAUUGAAGCAAAAAGUCUGACUGCAGCAGCAUUUGACUGCUGCAGUUCAAAGAUGUGGAGUUCAUGCAAAUAUAGCCCAACUGUCAAACUAGCUUGCUCAAGUACCACUGGCUGGCAAGCUGUGGUCUUACAAACUUCCACACAGUUACAAAUGAGUUCUCAUGAAGGUGUAAUUCAACUCCAGGAGUUGCAGUUGGGUCUCUAUGGGGAGUGUCUGGGGACCUGUUGACAUCCUUUAUCUGUGAAGAGUCACCCAGUGUUCCAGGAGGCAGCCAUGAGCACUUGCCCUUUUUUCCGGGAGACUGACCUGCCUGAAUCUCCUGGUUGGCAGUACUGAACACAAACCUGCUUUGGCGUUUCUUGAGAGAUCAAAGUGAAGCUUUUUGUUGCUGAUUUACUUGCUCCUAAAAUAAAUGAGCCAGUGAGCAAAAACUCUCUGAAUCCAUAUAUGUUAAAGUCAACAGAGGGGCUUUCAUGUUUGCCUUACCUCCCGUGUCCCCUCGCAAAAGCCCUCAGCAAGGUCAAUUGGGGGAGCUCUCUAUUAUGCCUCAGAGCUGUGGGAUGAAUCACUGCUGUCCAUUUCUGGCAGAAAGAGUGCUUGAGUGCAUCUUGUGGGCGAAUUCCUUCCCUGAAGCCCUUAACUGGCACCUGCAGUCCCUCCAUGACCUGGUGCAGUCUGGCAAAUGUACCAGACAGGUUGUUAUAGUCUCGGCUCACCCUGCUUUGCACUUCCUCAGGGGAUGCAAGGUCUUAAUGUUCGCUACUUUUGCUGUGCUGGUCCUUGUUGCACCAUGCUAAGCUUAUAAAGUAGAAUAAAAAGCUUGUUUUAACGUAUUUCAGGCUGAGGUUUUGGAGGCAUUUGGACACACAGAGCUUACAAGUCAGUUGUAAGCUACUUUGGGACAAUGCUUACCCAUAGCUGUACUGGAUGAUUUAGAGGCGUAUUUUAUAUGUCCCACAAAGCCUGAGGCACAGGUUAGUCUGGGAGCUGGUGUCCUAGGUUUCAGUUAGCACCUUUCCCUCUGAUAGUAGCUGUCUACAGUAAAAGAAAGUCUAGAAAUGCUUAUACUGCCCAUGGUGAAACACUGGAGCUUCUAGUCCUAAGACGAAGUGAGGACAAAUUCUUCGUGUCCUAGAAGUGGCUAUUGUCCCCAUAAAUCAUAAAUGGACACUAGUGGCUGAAUUGGGAGAGAGACCUACAUGUGGCCCAAUUAGUCCCUUCUGCCUGCACUUGAGGUGGAAGAAGAAACAUUUUUCAGACUGUUCAUACACCCUGUUCUGAAGUUUUCUGCCUGCAAAUUCCUGUUCAGCUCUUUUUAUAACACUAAGAGUGAGGAGGUGACGGUGAACAUCAGUUAUAUAAUACAAGAAAUAUUUGAAUAAAAGACUUCUCUGGAAGGCUAUAAAAGAGAAAAACAGCCCUUAAACAGGAAUAUGCUAAUACAGUUUGUCAAGAAGCACGUCAUCAACAAAACAUUGAGGAGAAGAGCAAAAAGAUGGUGGAAACCCCAUGCAGCAGAGUGUAGUCUCAGGGCACAGUCACAAAAUGAAACCAAAAAUCUUGUAAGAGAUAAUUGACAGAGCUGAAAUGGGAGUCAACUACGACAGGAAUCUUAGGUUUUAAACUGUGCCAUUUGCUUCUCCUGGAGGCAGCAGUUACUUCAGUUGAUUAAAACUAAGACAAACUGAAGCCUAAUUAUAUAUUGUCUUUGAUUCCAGGAAAUAAGAAGGUUUUCUAGGCACUGGGAAGGCAAAGGAAGAACUUUACUGUUAACACAGGCACUUAAAGUUAGACAUACCUCUUUCUGUUGUGGUCUUAAAAGGUUGGAAGCAACGGAUGGGAAACAGCCAUGAACUGGUUUGUCCAUUACAGCCAUGCUUUUUCUUCCUCCUCUCUGCUUCAGGCUAUUUAUUCUUGCCGGGAGCUUUCUGAGUUGCAGAAAGAACUUUUUUACAAAUCUGAAAUGCUGUUCAUACUCCCUGGGUGAAUUUGUGAUCCUCAUUUGUGCCUGAUUCUCGUUCUUUAUGUGUGGCCCUCUUAGUGCUUUAGUUGCACAGCUUUAGUUAAUCUGAUUAUCCUUAGGAAGGACUGAAGUUUCCCUUAUUUUCAGAGACAUGGCAAUUUAGGGCUCUUCUUUUCAAGAAAUUUUAUCUGUAUUUGACUUGUUCUGUGAAGUUUCAUUGUUCACAGAACAACUAAUUGCAGUAUUUCUAUGAACUGCAUGAAGUCUUCACCCUGCUGGGUUUUAAUUAAAUGCAAAAUUACCCAAAGCUCAAUUUGCUUUUAUAAGAAGUAUUUUGUUAUAUGUUUCAAGUUGGGUGUCCUGACUCCAGCUGCUGCCACCGACGCUUUGUGCAGAGAUGUGCAUUCUUUUGGUGUGCAUAAAACUGUCUAAUGCUUUGAAAAAAUUACUUUGCAAAAUGCAAAUCCCUAGUGCAGGGUUGUGUUAAUGACAGAAGUAUCUAUCAAGGCAGUUUAAUGAUGCUUGAUGUUGCAUUGCAGUUUUUGUUAAUCUGUGGGGAAAAUCACUCCUGUUUUGUUUUCCUUGCGUAGUGGCGUAUUGAAGCUGAUAAUUUGCAGAGAGAAAUUUAGGUUGGAAGGGACCUCUGGUGGUCAUCUGGUCCAAACUCCUGCUCAAAGCAUGUUCAACUAGAUCAGGUAUAUGCUUAUUGAGGUGCAAGAUGUCUGCCCUGAGGUUGAUUUCUAACAGAACCUCCCAGCAGGCCUUGUCUAACUCUGAUUACACCUGGGACUAUGAGUACUACGAGUACGGACCAGUGUCGUUUGAAGGCCUGAAAGCUCAUAAAUAUUCCAUUGUGAUUGGAUUUUGGGUUGGUCUUGCGGUUUUUGUCAUCUUCAUGUUUUUUGUCCUGACCCUGCUGACGAAGACAGGAGCACCACAUCAAGACAAUGCAGAACCUUCUGGAAAAAGAUUUCGCAUGAACAGCUUUGUGGCAGAUUUUGGAAGGCCUCUGGAGUCGGAGAGGGUCUUUUCUCGUCAAAUAGCUGAAGAAUCCCAGUCACUUUUCCAUUUCUGUAUUAAUGAAGUGGAACAUUUGGACAAAGCAAAACAAAAUCAGAAAGGUCCAGGUUUGGAGAGUAAUACCCACUUCCAGGAAGCUCCUAAGAGCAGUGGUAUGUUUGAGGAAGACCUACAUUGUCUUACAAAAUUUAACAUUCCUAACUUUGUGAAUGCUGAGCAGAACUCUUCACUAGGUGAGGAUGAUCUCCUCAUCUCAGAGCCACCAAUCAUUUCAGACAGCAGAUCAGUCAUGCAAUCAUCCCAUCGGAUCCUUGACUGAAAAGCCUUUUACUUUAAGGUAAACAUUCCCGUUACUCUCCAGUUUGAAGCCUUUCAUGGACUUUUGGUAUUUUGAUAGAAGGUAUUUCAGAUCUGUGCUUUUUAUUGUAUGGCUGUGCUGACAGAACUCAGUUUAGGUAAGAAGUAAAACACAGAAAACUUUAUUCAGAUGCCUUCUGUGGACUGAACCUUUUGGCAAGAAUGGUUUGGGUUGAAAGAGACCCUUCAAGAUCAUCUGGUUCCAGUGGGUAGGGAUACCUUCCACUAGACCAACUUAUGUAAGGCUUCAUCCAACCUGGCCUUGAGUACUUCCAGGGAUGGGGCACCCACAGCUUCUCUGGGCAACCUGUUCCAGUGCCUCACCAACCUCACAGUAAAGAAUUUCUUCCUAAUAUCUAAUCGAAAUCUAUCUUCUUCUAGUUUAAAGCCAAUCCCACUUGUCCUGUCACUACAUGCCCCUAUGUCCAAGGGUAUUCUGAAGGAUACCAUCAUGAUUCGCAGGGAGUGUAAAGGCUGUAGCCUGGCACUGGGAGGUGUAUGAAAACUGCUCAUCCAAGAAAAGUGUAACCUCGAAUUAAAACUGAAGCCAGGAAUAAGUAGGUGGUCCCUGGGGAAGUUCUGCAGCUUCUGUCACUCCCCAAAAGGACACCUGAAACUGAGCAGCACAGCGGGUAUCUGCUUGGAAUUAACUUCAAUUUCUGAUUCCUAACUGCUUCUCGGUACAGGUUAAACCCAACAAAGCUUCCAGAGGGAAUACCUGGCAUAUUAAAUCGUUCACAGUGUUUACAAAUUGUUCACAGUGUUAAAUGCUAUCACCACCCACUGCUGAGCAAAAGCAAAUUGGUACUAUAAUUAUAGUACUUCAGAGGGACAUUCUGGCAGUUGCCCAGUGAUAACCUGGAAUCAGUAUCCUACACACAAACUGUAAUUUGAAAUUUUAUUUUUUUUUUUUUUUUAAUUGCUGAUGUGAACUUCCAGUUUGGUAAGUGCAGGAUUCAGUAGCUAAAUCACAGGAAAUCAGAUAAUAACUAUUCCUCUUCUGCAAAUAGAGUUGCUGUAUGCAAAUAAAUGGCAGUGGUGUAUUAAGUUGGUGUUAUGCUUUGCUUAUAGGCUGAACCUUCCUGUGCUUUUCAGCUCCAUCAAUGGCCCUUUCUUGACUAGUGGACCAGUGAAGGGCUAGCAGGUGUGAAGUUGUGGAGAGGAUCACCUCCAAAAGCAUGGCUGAGCCGCACCUGCUGCAUCUUUUUCUCGUACUCAGUUGGGAUGGUGUUGCAAUCACAGCUUUUCUCCCAGGGAAAGGUUUGUUAAGGAACUGAAUAGGUGUAAUUUCAACCUUUAUUUUUUUAGAGAAGUAAUAAGGUUCUGAACCUUAGCCAGAACUUACAUUACAUUUAGCUUUCUUUAAAAAAUUGUAACUAAUGGCCAAAUGGUUUUAGAGCAAGCACAUAGGAUGCUGAGGAAUCAGGUUUAAAUGCUCUGCUGGAUUUGGAGUAAGAGUGCUCUGCAGGAAGUUAUUAACCAAAAUGAAACUAGUGGAUCCAAGAUACUGUGCCUAACUGGGUUUUCUUGAAACUAACUUGCUUUGUGUACAACAUGUUUGAGUGAAAAUGCAGGAAUGGCCUGCUGGUAUGUUCUUCAGACACUUAAAUGCUUUCAUUCAUUAAGCAUUCAUUUCAUAAAAUUAUUUCAUUCUUUCUUCACCUGACAAAGAGAAUAAACAGGGAAUGGCUUGUGCAUUCAAGGAAUACGAAGACUGGGGAAACCUCUUUGGUUUUUUAUCAUCUCCUGUGCCCUUAUAAACCACUUACACCUAAAUUUCCUAUUUUCAAAUGUCAUUCUUGUACUACUUCUUAGUGUUUAAAGUAAUGGGAUUAUACUCUAAGCAAAGCAGAGACUGUUUGUUUAAAACAAACAGAUUACUGUUGAAAGUAGUUCCCAAGAGGAGACUGAAGUGAACCCUGUUACGAAUGAGCAUAGCUGCAUGGGUUACAAUCUUCAGCUGCAGAAAAGGCCUCCUUUUACAGUAAGUACUUUACCACAAGUAUGAAGGCUGUAGCUGUGAAAGUUCCUUUUCUCUUCCCAAAUUAAGAAAUUGCUUGCUGUUCCCAGUCGGCUAACCUAAGAUUUUCUUCUUAAAAUCAUUGUGGCUUUUGUUUGGGUGCAUAACUGCUACUUUGGGAGAAAGAAGUUUUCAUGUGAAGGGAUGCUGGUGACAGUUAACACCCAGAUAAAAGGUAUUUAUAAAAAUGAUCAAAGGAUAAGGCCAACUUAACUUACCACACAUUUGAAUUGUAUUCUCAGUGUUGUCACUGAAACCUGGGAAAUAACCCCUCUAACCAGAAUGACAGGUUAGAAAGCCGACAUUGCUUUGUUGUGGUACUGGGUGCAUGCGGGAUCACUCUGCCUAUCACGCACCCCAAGAAGAGACAGUUUACAGCUUAUUUAUCUUCAUUAUAUAUGUAUUCAUCAUAAUUCUGUGACAUGCCCGCCCAAUUCUUGUUACUCAUGCACAUGGUAAUUUGGGCAGAUCAGGCUGCAGCGCAGGAGCUGUGACUUCGAGGAGUGGUCUCUGGGGGUUGUGGUGGUCCUCUGGGGAGAAAUACCUCUCCUCAUUUAUCCUUUUAUGGAAAUCUGUUAGUUAAGGACAUCAGAAUGCAUGUUUAGUCUUGCUAAUUAACUACAUGUUCUUGUUUGGUCUAACUUGCAACCCUGAGAGGCUCCUCGAGUUGUUUUCUUUUGCUGCUGUUUACCUAUGUCUCAGGCCUUAUCAUCAGAAGGAAGGCCUGCAUUGGUUUGAGAGAAGACAUCUGGUCCUCCUGUUGCAUGCCUUCCUUUAUCUUGAGAAUCCUUGUAGCCUUGUUCAUGUCUAAGUCUAUAUACAGUGGAAUACUGAUUUAAGAAUCCUUGUACCCCUGUCUAUUUCUAACUCUCUAUAUACAGUUAACUAUAUAAUAGUUUAAUUUGGUAUCUGUGUCCUUCUAAAGCAUGCAUUAAUCCUCUACAGGUAUUUAAGUCUUUGGUUCCUGCUUCCGUUCUUCCACUUUUUCCAUCUAUCUCCCUUCUAUCUCUAAAGUCCUUCACAGUGCUUUUUACAGAAAAAUAACCUGGUAGUCCACUGCACAGCUCCCACAUGACUUCAGAAGCACUGUGGCAGCAACACAGUCUGAUUCACAUUUUUUGCUCUGCCUCUGCAUUAGAGCAGAGUCAAAGGUAAAUGCAGAAACUUUCUGCAGUCUUCAAAAGCAGUUAUUUUAAAGCUCAUUCUUUCUUUUUCCUUUUAGAACUAACAGACAUGAUGUUUUGCCCCAGGGGCUAAGGGGAGUGUAAUAACCAACUUUGUGUAACAUGUUAAAGUUACCUUUUCCCACAAAACCACCAUGAGUUGGUUCACCAUGAAGUGAAUAGAAAGUGUUUUGAUCAGGGUAAUCCUUCAAAAGGAGUGCUUGGAAUUUAAUGGUGUUUGCAAAUGGAAUUAUUGCAAGUUCUCCUACUGCUUGGGCUGUCUGUUUCAGAGCCUCUUCUGAAAACCCACUGUAAAUGCAUCUCCUGUGGUAGAUUUAACUUCACAGGGAGUUCUCCUAAGAUAAUUACAUGUUUGUGUAAAAAUGUAUUGUAUUCUGUAAGAACCUACUAGGUCAAGUUAUGUAUUCCAGUUUUCAAAGUUAAAUAUUUGUGAAAUGUUCUUCUGUGUAAACAAGGUUUGGUUCUGUACCUUUAAAACAAACAACCAACCCAACCUACAAUGUAAAAUCAGAAGCUGCCAGCUCAAUAGAGAAGGGAAAGGUAAAACCCUGCACUUUACUACAAUCUAAUGAUAUACAGUCUCUGAAACUAAAAGGUGAAGUAAAUGA